AUGUCAGAAUACAACACAACCGACUUCACCAGCCCCUCCACCUUCAUCCUGCUGGGCAUUCCUGGCCUGGAGGCAGCCCACGUCUGGAUCUCCAUCCCCUUCUGCACCAUGUACACCAUAGCCAUCUUUGGGAACUUCAUUAUUCUGUUCAUUGUAAAGAGGGAGCUGAGCCUCCAUGGGCCCAUGUACUAUUUCCUCUGCAUGCUGGCUGUCACCGACUUGGUUCUGUCCACGUCCAUCCUGCCCAAAACGCUGAGCAUCUUCUGGUUCAAUUCCAGGGAGAUCGAUUUCCGUGCCUGCCUCACCCAGAUGUACUUCAUUCACUCUUUCUUAGUGAUGGAGUCUGGGAUCCUCGUGGCCAUGGCUUUGGAUCGUUACGUGGCCAUCUGCAAUCCUCUGAGAUAUUCCACCACUCUGACAAACAUUGUGGUGGUCAAGAUUGGCCUGGCUGUGGUGUUGCGUGGCAGCACAAUAGUUCUGCCCUAUCUCCUUCUGGCUAGGCAGUGGCCAUAUUGCAGAACCAACAUCAUCCCCCACACGCACUGUGAACACAUGGCCGUGGUGAAGCUGGCCUGCGCCGACAUCCGCAUCAAUAGUUACUACGGCCUUUUUGUUGUAUUCUCUGUGAUCUGUGUGGAUGUGUUUCUUAUCGCCAUGUCCUAUACUCAGAUCCUCAGGGCCAUCUUCAGCCUCCCCACAAAGGAUGCUCGGCUCAAGACUUUUGGGACCUGCAGCUCCCAUCUCUGUGUCAUCUUAGCCUUUUAUAGCUCAGCUCUCUUCUCCUCUCUCAUGCACCGGUUUGGCCACAAUGUUUCCCUGCAUUUCCACGUGCUGAUUUCCAACGUGUACCUCCUGGUGCCCCCCAUGGUAAACCCCAUCAUCUAUGGGGUGAGGACCAAACAGAUCAGGAGCAGGGUGCUCCGGAUCUUUGCUCAUAAAGGGACCUAA